GUUCAUCUACCACCCUCACAUCUUCUUUGACAAGCACCACGUCCUCCACAACUCUCUAUGAAUUGGUAGUGGUGCCAGAGACUUUGAAUGGCACCGUGGGUGGCGAGAUCAUCACAAAUUCCUUGCAAAUUGUGGUGGACAGCCUUAACAACAACACGGUGGAGUUUAAGGCAUCCACGCCGACAGGGGAGGUGACCGUUUUGAAGUUGCAGCCCACCGCGAACGCCGCGAACCCCACCCAGAGUGACUAUCAAAACGUGCAGGUGUCUACGGUGCUAUCGGGGCAAAUGCCAGUGCUCCUACCAAACACCGUGUUGGAGAACCUGACUGGGAACAAGAUCCUGGUGGUCACUGAGCUAGCUGACACA